AUCGCGUUGUCGAAGUUCAGAGGUCGGGUAAAGCCAAGCUCGUGUUUUCAGUUGAGUCCCUCAGCAUAAGCAAUGGCUUCCUUAAGUUGGUUAACGUGCAGGCGGUUUGCUCAGGUCGCGCGGCGGCCGGUGCUGCAGUAUUUGAGGGCUGCAGCGCGUGCACUUCACCGGGGGAGCGCGCGACGCGCGGCGGAGAAACCCCCGCUGAACAAAUCACGAGCGCUGGAGCAACAGUACAUCACUGAACUAGAUAAAGCUGAUGCGCUGAUGCUGCGGAAGUCUCAUGAAACAGGGUUUUUGUCCUGGUUCCGGAACGGUCUCCUAUCCACAGGAAUCGGUGUUAUUGCGUUUGCGCAGAGUGAUGUGGGCCGAGAGGCUGGAUAUGUGUUCUUCAUCCUGGGCGGGGUGUGCGUGUCGUUCGGCGGAGCGUCGUACGUGACCAGUCUCUUGACUCUGAGGAGGAUCAUGCUCCUCUCGCGGGUGACCGUGCUGCUCCACGCGGGCCUGGUGUCCGCCGCCGCCCUCUUCUGGCUGUGCGCCGUAUCGCUCUACAUCGGCCGCCUGGAGCUGGAGAUCAUUCAUGAGGAGGAUGAGGAAGAGCACGGGGGAGAUGAAGGCGGGGAGUGCACAGAGUGCAGGUCUCGACGCGAGAGACGCGCCGCUGAAGAACAAGGCCAAGACAAGUGAGAUGAGAGGAGACUUUGAGUUAAAAUGGCCUUUUCACUGACCCAGAGAUCUGUGUUCACGAGCUGUUUAAAAGAGGGAAGGUGAAGCUGGGCUCAGGUCAACAUAACUGUGCACUACUCUAGUACUUGAUUCAUCAGGUUGAGUGAGUUUUUGUUUCUAAUACUCCUGAACAUCAGCUGUAACUUCACAUUGGUCCUAUUAUAUGAUAGUAAUAUUUUCUUGUUGGAUCCGGGGUUGUGGUGCUGGAACAUGAAAGUUAAUGUUUAAACUAGCACUUAUCAGGCAACCAGUUAAUUAUACAGCUGUUAUAAAUGGUCAUGUUCACUUUUAUCUAGUGACGUGAUACAGAAAUGUGUUUUUUUUUUUUUUUUUUUUGGUAAAUCGCUUUACAAUAAGGUUUGAUUUUCUAAAGCAAUAAUAUAUAUAUAUAUAUAUAUAUAUAUAUAUAUAUAUAUAUAUAUAUAUAUAUAUAAUUUUUUUGUUUUUUUACUGAAUUUAGGAAUAUCACAUACAUAAAUAUCAUUGUAAAUAAAUGAGUUUGUUUAUUUUUGCUAAAUAAAUGUAAUUUAAAAUGCAUAACAAUUUUGAGUCUUCUCAUUUAUAUUUUAACAUUUGAAUAUAUAUUUAGAAAUAUAUCAUUUAAAGAGGUUUUUGUAUGUGCAGAAAUGUAUCAAGAAUAAUAAAGGCUGUGCAAGAAGCAAGAAAUUAAACCUUAUUGUAAAGUGUGCUUUUAUAAUUCGUGGCUUCUACCUCGUAGUUUUCUGAGGUGAAUCUCUCACAGUUCUCUUCAGAUUGCCAGCUCUAGAGGUCAGUCUUAUUUAAUAAAAUCACUUCUAGACGUCAUCUUCAGCCCCGUGCUUUCUCUCCACAGAUAUGUCAGCAAAUCUUUUCUUUUGUUAUUCAAUAUAGAUAUUGUUAUUCCUUUUUAUGUUUUACAGUCUGUAAUGUUGUAGAUGAUGUAGAGUAUGUCGUGUGUGUGCUCAUACAGUCAAUCACUGCACACUUCCAAGCAGUCAACUCUCGUUUAAAUGUGUUUACCUGUUUAUUAAAGCAAAUGCACAAAUCAUACUGGACUAGAAUUCAAACGUGUCAUCCAAAAUAUCCUUUACAGAUUAAACUGUUGUCAAUU